AACCAAAAUUUGGUUUUGUUGGUUGUUUAAUUCAAGACAAAAUGCGUUUUGCGGUUACUUUGUGUUUUUUAUUUUUCUAUUUGUGUUUGUUAGACGGCACGGUGAAAUGUGAAAAUGAUCACUUUUUCCUAAAAGCUGCAAAAAGUGUUCCUCGUAUUGGAAGAAGAAGUCGAAAUCAAAAUGUCGACGACAGUUUUGAGAAGUUUUUUUUGAAAGCUUCUAAAUCUGUCCCUAGAAUUGGCCGAAGAGGACCUGUUAUGGGUAAUUUCAUUGAUGAUGAUGCGCAAAAUUAUGAUUAUUACAUCCCAAUUCAAGAUUUUAAAUAUGAAACGUAUCAUCCUGAAGAUAGUAGCAAUUCGCAAAAAGAAAUUCCUGAAUUUCGUUUACAACCAGACCGAUUUAUGUAAAAUUAAAAGAUUUAAUUGUAAUUAAUUGCACUUACGAAUUAAAAUUUUAGUCGUAAAAUAAAUCUAAUCACGAUUCAGCAUU